AUGGCCUCAUUAGAAGGAGUUGAAAAAUUACACCAAACGACUUACGGAGUCAUGCCUGCACACGUCGGCUUUGCUCCCGGUCGAGUCAAUAUCAUUGGCGAACAUACAGACUACAACAAAGGCUUUGUCCUUCCCAUCGCCAUCAAGCAAGGAACUUACGUUGCUGUUUCGACAAAGCCUUCGUCGACAGUCAAAAUCGAAAUCAUUUCCUCGACAACCAAAGAGAAGGUUCUCUUAGACCGUGCAACUAUGGACAAAUCUGCGCACAAAGGAAAGUGGUACAUGUACGUCUACGGUGUCAUUGACUUGUUAUUAGGAAAGUCGACUGUUCCAGCACAAGAGUACCAAGUUUCAAUAACCGGUGAUGUCCCAUUGGGCGCUGGGUUGAGCAGUUCUGCUUCAAUUGAAGUAGCUACAGGAGUCACCUUCUGUGAAGUCUUGAAAGUCCCGAUGGAUGGGAAAGCACUUGGGAUGUUAUGUGUCGAGGUCGAACAUGAAUACGCUGGUGUCAUGUGUGGCAUUAUGGACCAGUUCGCAUCACGCCUUUGCAAGAAGCACACCGCUUUGUUGUUGGAUUGCAAGACACAAGAGACAACCAACAAACCAGUCGAGCUUGGUGACUACGUCUUGUUGGUGACCAACUCAAAUGCUCCACACAAAUUGGAAUCUUCACAAUACAACGAGAGAGUCGCACAGUGCACUGAAGCAGUCAAAAAGCUCAACGAAAUUUACAAGAAGAACGCAGCAUCAUUGAGAGAGUAUUCCGUGGAUGAAGUUAAAGUGCUGGAGGGCGUCUCUGGAAAUCGCGCGAAACACGUCGUUGGAGAAGACCAAAGAGUCAUGGACGCUAUUGACGCGAUGAGCAAAGGUGACGCCGUCGAACUUGGAAAGUUGAUGACCGCAUCACAUAUGUCUUUGAAAGAUCUCUACGAAGUUUCUAGUAAGGAGCUGGACUACUUGGUCGAGAAUGCCAUCAAGAUUCAGGGGGUUGCGGGUUCAAGACUCACUGGAGCUGGGUUCGGGGGAUGUACUGUCACUUUGAUUAAGAAAGAGGCGGUUGAAGAAUAUGCCAAAAUGCUCGAGAACUACAAGAAGGAGUUCAACUUACAUCCAUUCUACUUCGUGCUCGACUACCCAGAGGAUGGAGCUAAAAUACUCAUCUAG